CUCUCUCUGUUUCUCUCUCCAUCCCUCUCUCUGCCGGAUGACUGCUGCUGGAUGACAGGAGUCGGCGGUGGAUCGGCUCGUUGUUGCGCUCUUACCGGGAGUUUCUCCCUGUUUUUUUGUCAGGUGCGCUCUGCUCGUGUGCGCUCCUGGACGCGGAGGAUUUGGGGAGCUGCACCAUGGGGUCAUCGUCACCAUCACCCUCAGCAGUACCAACGCUACACUUUACUUUCUUCACCGCAGCGCCAGAUCACGACGAGAGCACACUAAAAUAAAACAAAGAAAAAAGAACUCAGUGGUUCUUCGCCGUCGAUUUCCAUCGCGGGAAACUUUCCUUAAAGGUUUUUAUUACUGCUAUUUAUCUUCUAGUGGAAUGGAGGUCCCCACUUUCCUGCUGGCGAGUCUUGCCCUGCUCUUCGUCGGAGGGGAUAUUUUCACCAGGGCCAUGCUGAGUGACAUUGGUGACUAUGUAGGUACAGACAUUGAAAUAUCCUGGUUGCCUAAUCUGGAUGAUUUAAUGAAGGGCUAUGCCAGAAAUUUUCGCCCUGGGAUAGGAGGUCCACCUGUGAAUGUGGCCAUGGCUAUUGAAGUGGCCAGCAUCGACCACAUCUCCGAAGCCAACAUGGAAUACACCAUGACUGUGUUCCUGCGGCAGAGCUGGCAUGAUGACCGUCUGUCCUACAAUCACACCAACAAGACGCUGGGGCUGGACAGUCGGUUUGUGGACAAGCUGUGGCUUCCUGACACCUUCAUCGUUAAUGCCAAAUCUGCUUGGUUUCACGAUGUGACUGUAGAGAACAAGCUGAUCCGCCUACAGCCCAACGGAGUCAUUCUAUACAGCAGCCGAAUCACCUCGACGGUGGCCUGUGACAUGGACCUCACCAAGUAUCCCAUGGACGAACAGGAGUGUAUGCUGGAUUUGGAAAGCUAUGGCUACUCCUCAGAGGACAUUGUGUAUCACUGGUCAGAGAGCCAAAGACACAUCCACGGCCUGGACAAAUUAGAGCUCUCCCAGUUCACCAUCACUGACUAUCGCUUCGUCACGGAGAUGAUGAACUUCAAAUCAGCGGGUCGAUUUCCAAGACUCAGUCUUCGCUUCCAGUUGAGGCGUAAUCGAGGCGUCUACAUCAUCCAGUCAUACAUGCCUUCAAUAUUAUUAGUAGCCAUGUCCUGGGUGUCCUUUUGGAUCAGCCAAUCCGCAGUCCCUGCUCGAGUAUCCUUAGGGAUCACAACAGUUCUCACCAUGACUACGCUGAUGGUGAGUGCCCGCUCCUCCCUCCCGCGAGCAUCUGCCAUCAAGGCGUUGGACGUAUACUUCUGGAUCUGUUAUGUGUUUGUGUUCGCCGCCCUCAUUGAGUACGCCUUCGCUCAUUACAACGCUGACUACCGACUCAAAGAGAAGGCGAAGGUGAAGGCCAACAAGCUCAGCUCUGAGUCUAUUGUUAAGAAUGGGAAACAGGCUAUGGUUCUGUUCUCCCUGUCGGUCACUGGCAUGAAUCAGGGCGUGGUCAUUUCAAACCGCCAAGGCCGGCCCCAGCGCUCCGGCAGCGAAAUCCCAGGGGAAGGUGGCACUGAGGAGGUCGAGCCGAGGAGGAGGAGGUCCAGGCAGACGGAGGAGAGUGAGGAGGAGAAGAAGAAGUGCUGCUCAAAGUGCGUCUGCAAGCCCAUUGACGCAGACACCAUUGACAUCUAUGCCAGGGCUGUGUUCCCUUUCACUUUCGCCGUGGUGAAUGUGAUCUACUGGGUGGCGUACACCAUGUGAAGAGGAGGCAGCCGGUCCGAGCGAAUGGCUGCCAUCCAGAGCUGUAUAUAAGAACAUGCUGGAGUUGCUCCACUUCAGUGUUGGCAGACUGGUGCAGCUGGAAGAUACUGCAGGCCUCUGUGAGGAGAAAGAAACACUUCAGAAGAAAUGAAGCAUGAUGGCCUGUGAAUAUGGAAUAGUUAGUGGAAGUAGUUAUGAGUUUAAACGUUGUUAAGAGGACUUCAAUAUAUUUUAAGUAGUGUUGUGUAAAGGCAGAGAACAGUAAUGCCUGUUGGAACAUCACGCACAAAGUGUAAAACGUUUAAGUAACAUCAUGACUUCCAUAGACUGUGUCAUCCUGCUACACUGUUUAACUCACUCAACUACUGACCACAAGCUUGAUUUUAAACAAACACAAAUAAGCAUAGUUAGCAUCACUAACUCAGAGCCACAGUCGUCAGUGAGUCGUCUGUUAUCUCACCAAUAAAAACACCACCCAGGCAAGAGGAUAAUGAGAUGAGGUGUACUGCUAUUCUGCAUGGCUGAUAACUCAUUCACCCGACCCCCCACCAUUUCUUUUCUUUCUCCUUUGGUCCUCCACCCAUUUUUUUUAGGUCCAUUUUCAUGUUAAGGGCACAGUCUGAAGUGUCUUAUCUCCUUCUACCAGUUCUGCCUGUUUCCUCGCCAUUAAAGGACUUCCUUCACCGCU